AUGAACCGCCCUCGGAGCAGGAGGCCGAAGCCGCAGCUCGACUCGACCCUCCUCCACUUUGACUAUGACUGCUUCUACGCCAGCGUCUUUGAGCGUGAGCAGCCGCACCUCAAGACGCUUCCACUUGCCGUGCAGCAAAAGCAGAUCAUUGUGACGUGCAACUACGAGGCUCGUCGAAGGGGUCUGUACAAGCUGCAGCUGGUUACAGACGCAAGGAAGAUCUGUCCUGACGUUAUCAUCGUCCUGGGCGAAGACCUCACACGCUUCAGAAAUGCCUCGAAACGACUCUAUGCCUUUCUGAGCUCCUUUUCGUGGAACGCACGCUGUGAGCGACUUGGCUUUGACGAGGUCUGGCUUGAUGUGUCUGACCUGGUCGACAACAACGUUGCAACCCUAAAUACUUCGAGCCUUGACACGUCUUUCUUUCGCCUAUCCAAAACAGAUCCCUCGUUGGGGUUUUCCUUCGACGCAACUCACCAUGCUGGUCAUGUUUAUCCAGAGACGUCAAACGAACCGCAGGCAGCUGCCAUCUCACAUGAUCCUUUGCAUCUUCGACUUCUACUAGCAAGCCACCUGGCACAGCACAUUCGGCAAAGGCUCGAACAUGAUCUUGGCUACACGGCUACUGUGGGCGUAUCGACAAACAAGCUCCUAUCCAAGCUGGUCGGCAAUCUUCACAAACCAAACAGCCAAACAACACUGACACCACCAUACACCGCAGACGAUGAUCAAUGGGACAAUGUCACGUAUUUCGUCGACGACCACGAAGUCGGCAAGAUCCUAGGCAUUGGCCUCAGGAUAGCACAAAAGCUUCGUGCUCAUGUACUGCAGCGGCCGGCAAAUAUCGACGCCGGGCUUGUAUACGGUGGAACGAAAGAAGAUGUGCGCGUACGAGAUGUACGCACUUACCCCGGCAUAGGCUCAGACGUCCUUGAAAGAAUCCUUGGCGGUCCCGGCACACCACAUGGCAUCGGUGUUCGUGUAUGGGGUCUAUUGAACGGCUGCGAUGACACGCAAGUAAACCAAGCAAGGGAGGUACCACGUCAAAUUAGCAUCGAAGACAGUUACAUCCGCCUAGACACAUUAGAUGAGGUGAUCAAGCAAUUUCACGUUCUAAACAUCAGUCUGCUCAAGCGGAUACGCACUGAUUUGCUGGAGUGCGAACAAGAACCCUCCGAAGAUCCUGCAGCCGUCACCACAGCAUCUUCUCAGCGCUGGCUUGCCCAUCCCAAAACGCUUCGCCUCUCCACACGCCCACGGCCUCCACAGAACCCUGACGGAAGCCGCAAUCGCACUUUCGCGCGUAUCUCCAAGUCAACGUCCAUGCCAAACUUCAUUUUCAGCGUGAGAGAAAGUGUUGAGACACUCGCUGAAAGACUGGUUCGUGAGACACUCAUACCGCUAUUUCGGCAGCUUCACCCUGAAAAGCAGGGGUGGAAUUUGAGUCUUGUCAAUCUUGCAGCAACCAACAUGGUGAACGCGGCCAGCGAGAAAGGUGGAGUUGGGAGGGACAUCGGAAAAAUGUUCAGACGGCAGGACGAUGCACUGGCCCCUUUCAGAGUGCGCAACGAAUCUGCUCAAUCAAGCACUGAAUAUAUUGCGCACGAGUCGCGUUUGAAAGAGGAGGAUGCAAAAGUUCGAAGGGUGAUAGAAAAGCCUUACAACUACAUCCCGAAGAUUCCACUGAGUAGGUCCGGCUCAGAAGACAUGCCCACGGCUUCCCAAGAAGGUUCACUCGCCGAAGAUGCUUGGGAGGAAGAUGAUGAUACGAUGGACACCGACGUGUACCACUGCGAUGCAUGUGGCGCUGUUAUGCCGAUGUUUGCCAUGGGCGCUCACGAAAGAUGGCAUUUUCAGGGCUGA